UUCAUUCAUUUCCUAUUGAUCUUCCCGUUCGCACAUUACCUAAUUCACCUUCAGUAUCUCCAAAUCAAUCUUCAAAAGUUAAUUGCAUUACUUCUAACCUUAAGCAGAAACAACACAUUACAAAAUCAAAUGAUGAAUUUAGACCAAAAUAUGGCAUUCAUGUAUUUCAUCAUUCUGAUGGAGGUAUUGAUCAUAAUUGUGGUCCAUCAACAUCAAAUUCGGUACAUAGUAUUCCAAUACCAAGACAAGGUAUUGUUAAUGAUCUACUUUCAAAAUUUGACGUUGAAAGAACUUCUAGACAAGAAAAUAUCGUCAAUGAUUCGACAAACCUUAACGAUUCCACUAAUGAAAUAGUAUGUUACAUUUUUUGA